GGUUGGAGCUUCGUGAUCCUUGAGCUCCCUUCCAACCCUGGCCGUUCUGUGAUUCUGUGUGAUUCUGUGCCCACCCUCCUCAAGUACCGAAAGCCUGGAGAUAAGAAACUGGGGGAAGUUUAGCAUUGCUGCGUGGUUCUAUCAGUAGAAGCCAACUUGCUUUUUCCCAUCUGUCAUAAUCCAGUGCUGGUGAAUGAGGUGUACCCACCCAUCGUCUCCAGCUCGGCUCUGCGAGAGCCAUCUGACUUACAGGAGCAGACAGCACUGCUCUCUUUGGGCUUCUCUCUUUUUUCCUGAAAUGGCCGUGAGAGUGAUAUCUGGGUCAGCUGCCUCCAGCGUGUCACUUUCUUUUGACACUCAUGGCUGUGAGCGUGCAGGAGGAGCGUGGUGGGGAAGCGCCGCAGUGGGAUCAGGAGUCGUUAAAGGGGUAUUGUGGUUAUCUGCAUCCCUUCGAGGGGAAAUCUCUCUCAUGGCUGCCCAAACGUGCUUUCCUUCUGAUUUAGCACUGUGUCCCAGGUCUCGGCGUGGGUCCCCAUCCGUCCUCAGGUCUGCUUUCAGGUAUGGGGACACAUCCUGAGUGUGCCUAUCUGGGCUGCCAUCCCACACAGGAUGGAAAGGGGCACCGUGCUGCUCUCCUGUGUAUUUCCAGACCCUGUAACACAUCCCCCCAUCGUUGUAUUCAUUCUUACAGGAAAAGUAGUUUUCUGCUUGAGUCCCAGCCUCCUCUGUGUGGCACCCAGCGAUGGGUUGGUACUCAGUGGGCACAGACUGAGACACAGCAGUCCUGCUUAAAGAUAAGAGCGUGGUCAGAUGCUGAAACAGGUUGUCCAGAGAGCUUGUGGAUUCUCCUUCUUUGGAGGAAACCCAACUGGACAGAGUCCUGCCGACCUGCACUGGUUGGUAGCAGUGUGCUGGAUCUGCCUGCCCGGUCCCUGCCAGACCUGUGGGUUUGAUGACUGCACUUGGUGGCUCCUCUCUGUCCCAAAAAUGGAGCAGUGGGGUAUGUCUGUGUUUGUAGCCAGAGCUUUGGAGCCUGCCCUGGAACUCUGUCAGAGUUGUGGUAUGAAAUCAGGAGAUUGAAUUUGUAGUAUCAACUGCCAGCUGGCAAAAAAAAAAUUGUAAAUUUUUGGGGUAACGUGCAUCGGUACAAGAAAAACUGGGGGUUAAGCAUCAAAUUAGUUGAAUGGGUGGUUCUGUUGCUUGAUGUUGGGCUUGUGGGCACGCUUAUCUCGUGUAGAGAGGGGCUUUGUGUCCGGAGCUGAGGAGCACGUUGCCCCAUCACAAGGUGUCCAGGUGGGAGCAGCUGCUGGAGAGCACUGCUGGGUAUUUGGAAGAGGAGAGCUGAGUGUUUCUGGUCACGAAAUCAUUGAGGUUGGACAAGACCUCUAAGAUCAUCACGUCCACCUGUAAUCAUCUUGCAGAAACCCCAUGGAAUCCACGUUGAGAGGAAUAGAGGGAACUAAGAGCUUGAUCAGAAGUAUUUUGUGGCCCUGAAUCCGUACUGAGACCCUGCUCACUCAGUGGGUUCGUCAUCGGUGUUGGCAGGAGGAUCUGCUGCUGACCUUUGGAUGUCAGAAGGCAGCGCUGUUUGCUGGCAGCCCGAGAGCUGGGUGUUGGUUGCACACCUUCAUGUUUGGCUGUUUGCUCCUGUCGGACUUGAGGUUCAGAUUCGAUCUUAUUGCACGAGGGCAUUGCCCUUUUCAUGCCCUGCCCCGUUAGUCUUUACUUUCAAGUCAUGUAGAGGCAGAUGGGCAGCUCACGUGGCAAGCUGCAUCCCAGCUCUGGGUUAUGCUGUGGCUCGUUGCCCCCAGGACCAGCUGUUCCAUCACACAGGCUGUCAGAUAACACCCUGCCUUCUCGUGAAAUCUGCUGACCAGCUUGUUUUCUCCAUUAUUGCAUUUCAAAUCAUCGGAAUGCCAGCAUCACCUGGGGCUUGCUGCUGAACUUCCUUGUUAUCUCAAGUCUGUAGGAUCCCAGAACCCCACGAGAUGGCACAGACCCGACAGCUCACCUCCAUCGCCCCGGAAAUACCUCUUCCCGGAGCUCCCCGUUGCUGUAGGUGAAGUAAAUGCCAGUUUGGCCAGCACAGCACAUCUCCCAAUUCCAUUUGAGUUGUGUCACUGCGGGGGAGCGAUGCUAAAACUGUCACUUGGCUUCCCAUGCUGGCAUUACCUAGAGGGCACUUGGAGGCUAUCGGGGGUUCGACUCUUAUCUGCGAGUUCCAGCUCAUCUCUGAGCUGAAUGCUUGGGUGGGUACAUGCGUGUUGGUUUUCCAAAAGAUGCGUGUUUGACAUCUUUAUUUUUUUGACAGCACAAGAAUCUUAUUAUUUCUCCACCUCUCCUUUAGCCUGCUGUUCUAUUCUGCCCAGGAUCUGCGGUUCCAUCAUCUGAGAUGCUUUGCUGGUGAUGGGUUUGGCCAUCGCUUUCUUCCUUCUCGAGUAGUAAAAACCGAGUGAAUGUAAAUGAGAUUUGAAUGAAUUAUGCUAGUUAUGCAUUCAUCCUAAUUCAAAUCCUAUCUUAAUUAGCCCGGGGACCUAAUUUGACUUUCACGCAGCAUGAAACUACUUUGGAUUAUCACUGGAAUUGCCAUGCAUUUAUUCUUGACUUUUUUUUCCGAUCAGCGCGCAUCUUUUUACACUGCUUAAAAACAGAGCAAAACUAAUAUAUCAUUAAUAAAUUAAUCAGAUUUAAUUAGGGCUGCACAGAAGGAUAUAUUUUAAGGGGAAAAAUGCUGUAAAUAUAUUCCCUGUACCGAGUGCUUCUGUGCCGAGUGGGGAUGAGCUCAUGACACAGACACAGAGUGAAGGUCUCUCUCGGAUGCACUUUCUGCCAUGACUUAAACGAGCUGAAAUUGCUGACAUUCUGCCUUUUUCAGAUGUGUGUCAGCGUCCAUAGACUUCUCCUUCAAACGAUGGAAGAUUAUUGAGUUAAAUAUUGCCAGAACGACAGAUCUGGGAGGCACUCAGUGGACGUGGGGUGAAGGUUGCUGCCGUGUAUCUGGUCCUGCAGCACAUAUGUGAAGGCAGAACUGCUCUCUAGCUCAAAAACCGAAGGAUACAGCCACGUGAAAUGCCAGAAUUCUGCGUAUGACUUUCUUCUCUCCUUCUAAUUAGAUUGAGAUGAACGUUUCCAGUAGGACUGCGGGUUAAUGAGAGGUCGUUUCAUUGAGCCUAAAGGUUUCCUUGCAGACAGAAGGUGCUGCUGGGAGAAGCAGAGCGGCUCAGCAGCUUCAAAUCUGAGCAUUGAGAGCCUCCUAAUCAACGCAUGCCGUUAACGCACAGCUGAUAAGCCUUGCACAUGUGAAGGCUGCGGUUAAUCUGAGUGUCAAGUCUGCGCUGUCAGUGUCUGCAGGCAUCUUCCCCGUUCUUCAGAUGGACUCGAGGCUGACACGUUCACUCUCUGACGUCCUGCAACUUCUGAAGGAUGCACACACCGGCACGGCAUGCCGAUUUGCUAACCAGGAGUCUGCAGGUUCCUGUACCACAUGUGGCAUUUGUCAGGCCUGGAUUGCUGGGGAGAGGCUGACUGGGUGCAGAGCUGUUUCUGGUCUUGGUGGAACUGACUGUAACUAGGAGCAGUUGAUCUUUGUUCUAAUGUGGGAAUUGUUUUUCAAGGUCUUUAAUCCCUAUUACGUGUGCUUUUUUAAUGCUAUAUCAUGCUAUUUUUUUUUUCUCAUCAUGCCAUCAAGUAACGAAUCAAAUGACCCACCCAGUCCAGCCAUGUUGUGCUGUGCUGACAUCUUUUCAAUAAAACAUUUAAUUUCACAAAAAAGGGGACUUCCCAAAAGCCUGCAGAGGAGACGUAGAUCUUCAAACAAGUCCUGGCAGCUGGAGCUUCCCGACAGCAGAUAAAAUAAUUCGACCACCAUGAGUUGGAGCUUUCUGACCCGUCUCUUAGAGGAGAUCCACAACCACUCCACCUUCGUUGGCAAAAUCUGGCUGUCGGUGCUGAUCGUGUUUCGGAUCGUCCUGACAGCUGUGGGAGGCGAAUCCAUUUAUUACGAUGAGCAAAGCAAGUUUGUGUGCAACACGGAGCAGCCCGGCUGCGAGAACGUUUGUUACGACGCUUUUGCUCCCCUUUCUCACGUGAGAUUUUGGGUGUUCCAGAUCAUCCUCGUCGCCACUCCGUCCGUCAUGUAUUUGGGCUACGCGAUCCAUAAGAUUGCCCGCAUGGUGGAGCACAGUGACGUUGACAGAAGGUUCAGAAGCAAAAGCUUUUCGACGCGCUGGAAACAACACCGAGGCUUGGAGGAGGCCGAGGACGACCACGAGGAGGACCCGAUGAUGUACCCAGAAAUAGAGCUGGAAAGCGAACGGGAGAACAAGGAGCAGCAGCCCCCCGCCAAAGCCAAGCACGACGGGCGGCGGCGGAUCCGCGAGGACGGGCUGAUGAGGAUCUAUGUGCUGCAGCUGCUGGUGAGGGCGACGUUCGAGGUCGGCUUUCUGAUCGGUCAGUACCUUCUGUAUGGUUUUGAGGUCAGCCCCGUGUUCGUGUGCAGCAGGAAGCCCUGCCCCCAUAAGAUAGACUGCUUCAUUUCAAGGCCGACCGAAAAGACCAUUUUCCUGCUCAUAAUGUACGGGGUGAGCUGCAUGUGUUUGCUUUUGAAUGUGUGGGAGAUGCUCCAUUUAGGGUUUGGCACCAUCCGGGACACGUUAAACAGCAAGAGGAAGGAGCUGGAGGACUCUGGUACCUACAACUACCCCUUCACCUGGAACACACCCUCUGCUCCUCCCGGCUAUAACAUUGCGGUCAAACCCGAUCAAAUGCAAUACACCGAGCUGUCCAACGCCAAGAUGGCCUACAAGCAGAACAAAGCCAACAUCGCUCAGGAGCAGCAGUAUGGCAGCAACGAGGAGAACAUCCCCGCCGACCUGGAAAACCUGCAGAGGGAAAUCAAAGUGGCUCAGGAACGCCUGGACAUGGCGAUCCAGGCCUACAACAACCAAAACAACCCCAGCAGCAGCUCCAGAGAGAAGAAGUCCAAAGCAGGCUCCAACAAAAGCAGCGCCAGCAGCAAAUCGGGGGACGGGAAGAACUCUGUCUGGAUUUAACCUUGGCUGAGUUUAUGUGUUGUCUUUUUCUCACAACCAGCAACCCGUUGAGUAAUGGCUUCCAUUAAGUAAAUAUUUGGUUCUGCUUAUUUUCAGGGAUACUGUUGGCUAGCGAUUCCAGCUCUAAGAAAGUGUUUAUAUGCAUACUGUAGGACUGUACAACUUUAUUCUUCUGCCUUCCAAGCCAGGAGACAAAUAGGUAUAUUUAAAUCAUUCUCAUUGAAGGGUUUACGCUGUAUGUACAGUAUUAUCGUACAUUUAUUAUGCACAAUUUUUUGUAUUUGUACACUGGAUCUCCGAAGUUACCCUUUUUUAUAUGAAAGGAGAAAACUGUAGGUAGCAGUUAGCAUUUUGCUAGUUUUAUUACUGUGGUUCGUCGUCGUUCUCUGUUUGUUUUCAAUGUCAGAACUUUCUAUGCUGCAUUUGAGAAGUGCCUUGAACACACAGCACCAGGGAGCCCAGCUGUCCGCUCCCUUAGAGCAGGGGGAGGUUCGGGAAACGUCUGCUGAUGGUGCUCUUAACUCUACCUUUUUAUAAAGAUGACGUGCUACUUACAAAUGGAAGUGUCACUCCAUAGCUAUUAUGUGCUACGUUUCUUCAUCCCGUGGAAGAUGACUUGUAAUUCCGUGUAUUUACCUGUUUAAGAGGUUUCCGAGGUCUCUCGUUAUGUAACACCCUGCUCCAAAUGUCCCAUAGCUGCCUAUAUGGGGGCCACACCUGCCUGUCUACCCAGAUGUCCCUGUGUCCCUUGUCCCCUGGGGUCACUGGGAUACUCAUUCCCCUGGCUCCUUUUGUCCUCUUGUCCCUGGUCCUCUUUGUCCCUUGAGGUCGUUGGGAUGCUUGUUCCUUUGGUCUCUUUUGUCCUUGCCCCGUGCCCCUUCUCCCCUUGUCCCUGCCCUAUGAGUCACGGAGAUACUCCUUCCCCUUAUCCCAUUUGUCCCCCGUUCCUCUGGUCCCUUUUCCCAUGGGGUCAUUGAGAUGCUUGUUCUCCUGGUCCCAUUUGUCCCCCGAUCCCCAUGUUCCCUUGUUCCCUGGUUCUGUUUGUCUCCUGGGGUCACUGCGAUACUCAUUCCUCUGUUCUCUUUAGUCCUCCCUGCCCUCUGUCCCCCUUGUUCCCUGUUCUGUGAAGUCUUGGGGAUACUCAUUCCCCUUGUCUCAUAUCCCCUUGUCCCCUGAUUUGCUGUCCCAUGAGCUCAUGAGGCUCGUUCCCCUUGUCCCUUUUGUCCUUCAUGUCCUCUGGUCCCUUGUCCCCUGGGGUCACUGGGAUACUUGUUCUCCUGAUCCCAUUUGUCUUCCUUGUCUCCAUGUCCUCUGGUUCCCUGUCCCAUGAGGUCAUGGGGAUUUUCAUUCCCCUGGUCCCGUUUGUUCCCGUGUCCCCCGGUCCCUUGUCCCACGGGGUGUUUGAGAUGCUCAUUCCCCAUGUCCCCAUGUCCCCAUGUCCUUAUGUCCUUAUGUCCCCCGGUCCCUCACUGCGUGUUUUCAUCCUAUGGAAAGCGACUCAUAGCUCCACAUAUUUACAUAUUUAAGAUGUUUCUGUGCUCUCUCGUUGCGUAACACCCCGCUCCCCGGGGCUCCGAGUUGUUCCAGCACCUUUUGGGGAAGAUGUCUGUGUUUGCAGAGUAAUGUGGUUGGAUGGACUCGUGGUCAUUCUGCUCUCUGGUAGCCCUGCUCCCCCGGCCCUGCGCACACACGCUGUCUGUGCAGGUUUUUACAAAACCCUUCUGAAUAUAAACAGCAAUGCCUUAUCCCCGACCCCUCUUCCUCCUGUCACAUCCGAGGGGCCGAGUUCAGACGGAGCAAUAAAUGCACCAUUUCGUUUCUGCUUGAGAGGCCGGUCAGAUCCGUGGCAUUCUGCAAUUUUGGCAUUCAACUUGAAUUUAUAAUUAGAAAAAAAAAA